AUGCUUGCCGAAGGCAAAACGCAGAGCGGCUCUGGAUGCGCUACGAACUCGUCACAAAACGUUGUAGAUGAGCUUGACUUUGCCACCGCAUUCGCUGGCGUGGGCUAUUCUCAAGUGGAUGCAGCAAGGCUGGUUGCCGCCGCAUUGAAGAUAAACUGGUCCGGCUUUUACGAAGAUAUCGAGAUCGAGAAGCCACUUCACACGUAUGGAAUGGACUCUCUGGUGGCGGCUGAACUCCGGUACUGGAUGUCUCGAGAGCUCAAGUCUACUUUAAAUGUAUUCAAGAUCAUGGGGAAUAUCAGCCUUGAGCAACUGUGCUGGAUGAUCACAGAACGAAGCUCAUAUAUGCGUUUUUUAGAGCGAUGA